AUGGAAGAGAAUGGCUUCCAAGGAGAUGCUGCUCGAAGGCAGCAGCAGCAACAACAGCAGCAACAGCAGCAGGUUGUAUCUGGCCCAGACCCAAAUGCUGAAGCUUGGCAGCUUGAGCUGUACUAUUUGCUGGAGUCGAUAGAGGCUUGCCAACAGCAAUUGGCUGUCCUUUCUGAAGCGCAUAAUGCAGCACUUUCUGCUUCCAUGGCAUCAGGUGGAGAUACACCAGCAGCACAUACCGACGCCAGCCCUUCAUUAGGGGACCCAAAAACUCAGGAAUUCGCGAUCAGUUGUAUCAUGCUUCUGUGCACUGACACCGCAUCGCCGUCGCAGCGUCCGCAGGCUGAGAUGUCCUUGAUGGCGUUUCAGGGGUCCCCAGGCUACCUCACACUGCUGCUGCAGAGCUACUUGCGCUGUACAGCGACGGCAGCCGCAGCAGCAGCAGUUUCCGCCAAGGGAGCAGCAGCGGCAGCAGACCAGCUGGUGCAGCUCACUGGGAACCUGCAACCGCCAGUACCCAACGACCCGGAAGCGCCAUUUGCUGCGCUGGUUCUGCUUAAGGGAGCACUACAGAGCAGAUCCACGGCAAGAGGCUCCGAUACUGCUGAUGAGGCGCUAAGGGGAGAACUGGCAUUCGUCCAGGCGCUGUUGGCAUGCCUGUACAAAGUAGUGGGCGCUCCCCGCUGUUCACGAAUGUUGAAGGUGUACGUGGCACUACUGCGGCGCCUGGCUAGGGCUGCAGCAACGACAGCAACAACGAUUGCAACGACAGCAAGACUACAACAAGUGCUGUCGCAGCAGGCAGUGCAGCAAAUGUUGGACAGCUAUAGCAGCUGCAGCUCUUCCUGGGGGAGCGUCUUGCCUCUUGGCUGCGGGAUGCGGCCGCUGCAGGUGCAGCAGACGGUGCGCGAGGUAGUAGCAACGGAUGGAGCCCUGCUGAUGCUGCUGCUCGAGACAACGAUUGUGCGACUGCUGAGAGCAGCACAACGAGAUGAUACAGACACUGCGCUGUACGCGUACCUUCUCAAGCAAAUCUUGAAGGAGCUGGUGACUGUAAGGAUCGGCGGGGGGCACUUGUUCGUAGCCGUCUGCAGGGCGCUGCUGCCUUUCCUUAGUCAGCUCGUGGCAGCUCUUGCGGGCCGCCUGUUGCCGCUCGUCAGAGCUAAUGUCCAGCUUCUAAGGGAUCAGCAGCAGCUGCAGCAGCGACUGGACAAGCAUUUGGAGUACAAUCGUGAUGGGGACCACGCGCCGCCGCUUCCAUAUCCGCAGCAGCAACAGCAGCAGCAACAGCAACAACAGCAGCAGCAGCAACAACCGCAGCAACAACAGAACCGACAGCAGGAGAUCCAAUGGCUUAAGGAGCAAGUUGAACGCAUGCAGCGCGAAAUUUUCGCACAUUGCGACACCUGGGAAGACAUGGCAACGCUGUUAGCCCACAUGGCGAGCGCUCUGCUAUUGUGCGAGGCCAGGGCUGGUAGCGCCUCACACGAUGUGGGAGACUUACCGGCCCUACAGCAACUCCACGAGCUGCUGCUGUUGUUGCUGCAGCAGCAGCAGUUGUCGAGAAGUUUCGCUGAGGUGGCGGACCGUCAACCCUGGACUUUCGCAAAGAUGGGAUCGGGUUCUAUUUCGAAGCUGUUGCUAGCUGCCGUCCAGCAAAAUAAGCUCUUCAGCCACCGCAGCACUGGAGAGCUCGAAAUAGACUCGCCGAUGCUCUCUCUUCCUCUUGAGUUGAUUGCGAGUGCUGUGCGAGGGUGCAUGGGCUUCCUGCUGGACACCGGCGGUGGGCAAGCCGAGGUGGUGGAGGGCCCGCGGGCAGCAGCAGCAGCAGCCGCAGCGCCAGAGCACGAAAAAGCAAGACUUCUCAGAACACAAGUAUCUGAAGAUCUCCGCACUUUCUUUGCGUCAGUUGGGGGCCUGCAGAGCCUUAUGCAGGAUAUCGCUCCGGCUGUAUUUAGGGCAAGCGUCACCGAGUCCCUCGAAUUCCUGUCGAGGCCUGAGGAGCUAUACGGGGGCCUUGGUUGCGUUGAAGAAGGGGCGCGGCCACUACGCGACGCUGCGGUGGAGCUGUUGGAAGACUGGCUGGCGCAGGGGUUGCUAGGGCCGACGUUUCUGCUGCGUACCUUUUUCGCAGCGAGCGCCUCUCUGGAGAAGCUUGCAGCGCCACCAGCAGCCGACGCAGCAGAUCUAACGGGGGCUGCAGUAGCAGCUGCAGCAGCAGCUGCUGCUUCGUCGAGUUCCACUUACCUAGUCCAAGUCCAGGAGACUGACGGGCUCUUAGCUGUCUUGGCUGCGUCGCUACAAGGAGCCCUUCGUGCAGGUAUUUUUGAACAGGAUCAGCAGGAACAGCAGCCUGGACAGCUGCGGCAACUCGAACAGCGGCGGCAGGUGGCAGUUCAUGUACUUGGGGCCGAGGGCGCUGCACCCUAUGACUCUAAGCAGCUGCUGCAGCAACUAGUGCAGCAAUUCAGUAAUCUGUCGCGCCUAUUACGGUGGCUUAUCGCCACGGGUCCGUUUGCUACCGCAGCGGCGGCAGCGGCAGCGAACAAGAAUCAGCAAGCGGCAGCCUCCCUUGCUGUGGUUGCUGCGCGGUGUUGCGCUGUGCUGAAGUUACUGCUGCAGAUACACUCUGUGGCGUUUCCAUCAGAUUUCCGCGACAUCCUGUCGGGCUUGGUUGAAGAGUUGCUUAUAUCACAGCCUCUUGUGAAGGUGCUCGUUAACCGUCACGCUGCCUUGCAGCAGCAGAAAUUGCUUCUACAGCAGCAGCAUCAACAGAGUCAGCUGGAACAGGUGUUAGUACGGUUGCAAGAGACCGAAACCCUUGUGGAAACCGCCCUCAGAGCUCCGCUCUUCCAAGCCAUUACAAACUGCGUGCAAGUGGGGGCACUGAGCGUCGUCAAAGCAAUGAUUAACCGCAGCUCCGAGCAGCAGGAGCUGCUGGAGCAGGAUCAGGGACAGCUGGAGCAGAUAAAACUCCCAUAUAGGGAGCUGCAGAGGCCCUUCCUGCUACUUCUAGCCCAGAGUCAUCGCAACCUCUGGAGCAGCAGGCUGUUGAAGGUGCUGCUGCUUCUGCAGUCAUGCUGCCGCGAGGAGCAACAGGAGCAACCUCUGCAGGAUACUUUCUUCGAUUUUUCUGACCUGCCAAACUACGGCGACCUGGCAUACCUGCGCAGCAUCGUUGUGCAAAGCAGCAGCAACACCAGCACCAGCAACGGCAGCAACAGGAGCACCCUCCGGUGGUCGCAGGUGUACGAACAGCUGCUUCAUCAGUUCAGAGCAUACGGGAACAAUGAGGGACUACAGCUGCAGUUGCUAACGUUUUUGCACGGCGCGUUGUUGAUAGGACGGCCAGAAGUGUCUCUACAUCUUCCACCAGGGAUGCUGCCCGUACCAACCUUGCCCAUGGGGCUUUUAGCCGCAGCUCUUCAGGCUUUCGGAUGGGCAGUUGGCGCUGGCCCUGAUCCAGAUGCCGCUACAGAGCCAUCGGGGGCGCUGCAACGCUGUGGCUUUCGUAUGCUCGUUGGAGUCCUCAGAGCGACGGACCCACUGCGCCAUUCGCAAGACGAGGUUGCGCUGUUGUUCGAACUCAUACCAGCGAUAGCCGACGUGCGCCUGAAAGUGGCCGAGCCGCAACGGCCACUGCUGCUGCUCUGUCUGCUAGAGUCAGCUGCCCUGUGCACCGCUGUAGGGGCAGCUCCGCUGGCGCCUCCCCAAACACGACAGAUAGCCGGUUCUCUCUUGCCGCUUUUAUAUUCCUCUGUGGAGGCCCGAUUGGCUCAGAGCCCAUGUCUGGGUAAAGUUGUCCAGCAACAGCUGAGGGCAUGUGCAAUGCUGGUUUUGCAACUGCUGCUUCUGGAUCGCGGAGAUUGGCCCUUGAUGGAAAAGCUGCUUCAGCAAGCCUUAGCAGCUACUGCUGCCCGCGCAUUCUUGAGCGUGGAGGGCGAAGAAGCGCAGGCAGUCUGCGGCAGUUUCCCUGUGCUGUGCUGCUGGGGGCUGCGGUACCCUAUCGCGUUAGUUGGUGCUGCUGCGGCGGCGCUUGCAGCAACAGCAGCAGGAGUGCGGCAGGAGCUCAUGGGGCCUCUUAUGUUUGCAGCAGAAGAGGUGCAGAUCAACGAACUACUCCUCAGAUUUGCUACGGCGAUGCUAACCACAAAAAGGUGCGACGAUCUCAUUCCGUGUGACACUUCCUGCGUAUGUAUAAAUACAUCAUCAUCUAUGCGGAUAUUAUAG